AUGACACCAAUUCUUAUAUUAUUCGUCGCGUGUUUCGCGAACGCAUACGUUACCGUCAACGUGUACGAAGAUGCAGACACAAGCAACAUAGAAGACACCAACUCAUUGAGAAGCUGCAACUUGAGAGCGUGCGAACAAACAUGCAAACGCCUUGGUUUCCCCGGUGGAGCAUGCGUUAAUGGCAGAUGCAAGUGCGACAACUUUCGAUUCACAAACGCAGUAGAAGAUGCAAGUAACGGUGACGAAGUGAGUCCAUUUCGUGGUUGUAACUUGAGAGCAUGCGAGCAACAGUGUAGACGCCUUGGGUUCCCCGGUGGAGCAUGCGUUAAUGGCAGAUGCAAGUGCGACAACUUUCGAUCUAUAAAUGCAGAAGAAGAUGCAGGCAACGGUGACGACGUGAGUCCAUUUCGUGGUUGUAACUUGAGAGCAUGCGAGCAACAGUGUAGACGCCUUGGGUUCCCCGGUGGAGCAUGCGUUAAUGGCAGAUGCAAGUGCGAUAACUUUCGAUCUAUAAAUGCAGUAGAAGAUGCAAGUAACGGUGACGAAGUGAGUCCAUUUCGUGGUUGUAACUUGAGAGCAUGCGAGCAACAGUGUAGACGCCUUGGGUUCCCCGGUGGAGCAUGCGUUAAUGGCAGAUGCAAGUGCGACAACUUUCGAUCUAUAAAUGCAGAAGAAGAUGCAGGCAACGGUGACGACGUGAGUCCAUUUCGUGGUUGUAACUUGAGAGCAUGCGAGCAACAGUGUAGACGCCUUGGGUUCCCCGGUGGAGCAUGCGUUAAUGGCAGAUGCAAGUGCGAUAACUUUCGAUCUAUAAAUGCAGUAGAAGAUGCAGGUAACGGUGACGAAGUGAGUCCAUUACGUGGUUGUAACUUGAGAGCAUGCGAGCAACAGUGUAGACGCCUUGGGUUCCCCGGUGGAGCAUGCGUUAAUGGCAGAUGCAAGUGCGAUAACUUUCGAUCCACAAACACAAUGGAAGAUGAAAGCUUUGCAGAUCAAAAUAUGUUAAGUGGCUGUAACUAUCGGGAAUGUGACCAAAGAUGUCGCCGCCUCGGAUUCCCGGGAGGGGCGUGUGUUGGAGACAAGUGCAAAUGCGAUAAUUUCCGCCGCUUUGAGGCCAGCGAAGUCGGCAACAUGACAGACAGCCCAUUCGAAAAGGACGUCAAGUGUAAUUCAACUGUGUGUGAAACUACAUGCAAACAGCGUGGCCACUCAAAUGGUAUUUGCAUUGAGAAGGAAUGCUACUGUGAGAUAGAAGAAAUCGAACACAUGAAACCUUCGUCACAAUGUGACGAAUCCAGCUGCAACGAUAUGUGUCAAAGUAUGAACUUCCUUGGAGGGAGGUGUUCAGCCGGUUCCUGUCAUUGCUUUUGA